CCACGCAUCGUGCUCCCACCUAUCAAGCGCGGCUCGCACAUUAUACUUGACUCAUGCACUCCGACGCGCUCCAUCAAAUGCUGGGUUGUUCCUAAGAGCCUUGGGAAAUUGGAGUACAGAGACGCGAGGAAGAGCGGGCGGGGUAAUCUCUGGGCGCUUGGAGCAAAAGCUCGCGCAAGCCGAAACAAA